CAGAGAGGGGAGGGGACGGAAAGAGCCAGAAAUGAGCGAACAGCUGGAUUGAUUCCCCUGCUGGCAUUUGGGUAUAUUGCAGCCUUUAACAUCCUGUCCUGCACUGUUCUCUCCCUACCUUUUCCAGCCUGCUUCUCUGAGAAAAUCUGACACCUCAGACAGCAGAGAGCUGCUGGGGGCAAAUGGGAUCGUGGUGGCAAUUCCUUCUCCUCUCCAUCCCAUUGUCGCUGCCUGCAGACUUAGAUUACCUGGAAGGAAAUGGGGGCUGGCUGACGAACAAGUACUUGGCUCUGAUGGAAGAAGACCACUGCACGGUGGAGAAGAGAGAUGCUUCCCUGACCUACUCCCAGUUCAUAGAUCAAUAUGCCUUUUCCAGGCCUGUUGUUAUCCAGGGGAUCACGGACAACUCGGAAUUCCAGGCGCUCUGCACGAGGAACAAGCUGCUGGCAGAGUUCGGGGACCGCCUGGUGCGACUGAGCACUGCUAACACCUACUCCUACCGUAAAGUGGAUGUACCAUUCCAGGAAUACGUGGAGCACCUGCUGGAGCCUCAGGACCUGGCCUCCCUGGGCAGUGACACACUCUAUUUCUUUGGAGACAAUAACUUCACAGAGUGGGGCUCCCUCUUCCAGAAAUACAUGCCACCUCCGUUCCGGAUUCCAGGCACCAGUGGGGCCUACAGCUUUGGGAUCGCCGGCUCCGGUUCUGGGGUUCCCUUUCAUUGGCACGGCCCGGGUUACUCAGAGGUGAUCUUUGGCAGAAAGCGCUGGUUUCUGUAUCCCCCCGAGAAAACCCCCGAGUUCCACCCCAACAAGACAACUCUAUCCUGGCUGCUGGACACAUACCCAUUCCUGCCGUCAGAGGACCGCCCUGUGGAGUGCACCAUUCACCCUGGUGAGGUCAGUCCUGCAUCCCGGGGCCCAGUGAGCCAGCCAGCCCACCCCCUGCUGCUCAAGGGACUUGUGGAGUGCAUCAGCUUGGAACGCCAGAGGCUUUGUGUCCAGAGAGAGAAGGGAGAGUCGCUGGUGCUGCACAAGCAGCAGGGCCCCUGACAUGACAGUGUCUGGGAUGGGAUCUGGGAACUCCAGUGCUGAAGCCGGGCUGUCAGAGGACCAGGAAUCCUAGAGCCAGGCCGCACGGUGACCAGGCAUGCACACCAGCACAAGCAGCUGUAAGAUUCCUGAUGCUGUUGCUUUCCAGACAGAAGGCCGGCUGGACGGGAGAGGGACCAUGUCCCCUGAUGCUGGCAUUACCAUGGGGGAGGCCAGGUGGGACAGGGGAGAAAACCAUGUAGAGUUACAGGCAGUGCCCAGCCAGGCCAGAAGGGGGAGCAGAGCUCAAGAGCCAGCUGGUAAAUCUGCAGAGAGAAGUUUUGGAUUAAAGCUCAGCAGCGAGAGGAAGAAUGGGCCAGUAGAUUGGGCACUAGCCCAGGAUUUGGGAGAUUGGGGUUUGAUUUCCUGCUCUGCUCUAGGCAUCCUGUGUGAACCUGGACAAGUCCUGUAGCCUCUCAGGGGGCGGGGAGAAUACAUUAGAGAUUGCAAGGCGCUUAGAUACUGCAGUGAUGAGGGCCCAACAGGUACAUGUCAGGGCUAUCUGACGUUACACAGAUAGCCAGUCUCUCUGGGCCUCAGCUGGGAAAUACGGACAGCACUUCCUACCCUCUGGGACUGUGGUAGGGCUCACUUGGUCAUGCUGAGGGGCUCAAAUACUAGGGAGAUGGGUGCCCUAAAGAAACCCUGAAUGUGAUAUGGCCCUCUUUAGUCUCAUCUGUCAGAGGAUCUCAAAGCACUGUAUCUAUAAAUACGUGUGCACACACUAAGAAUUCAGCCACACGCUCUAGCUCAGGAAGGAGGUCAGU